AGGGCAGUGGGGAAGGGCUCGCUGCGGGAUCAGGGCGGGCUGGGCUGAAGUGUCUGGGGCUGAGGGGCCGGUUAGCUGUGAAGAAGGCCGUCCGUCCUUCCUCCUCCUCCUCCUUCGUGGGCUCUGCGGGGGGUGAAGGAGAAGGUUUCUCUCCCUUACAGGUACGGGUGGCGUCCUCAGCACGAGCAGCGUGGUUGGCGCUCCAAGCCGACGCGAUCAUGGAUUCACAGAAGGAUGUUCAGCCUCCAAAGCAGCAGCCAAUGAUUUACAUUUGUGGAGAAUGUCAUACAGAAAAUGAAAUAAAGGCAAGAGACCCUAUCAGAUGCAGAGAGUGUGGCUACAGAAUAAUGUACAAGAAAAGGACAAAAAGAUUGGUGGUUUUUGAUGCUCGGUGAUGUCUGCUGAAGAUAUAGUGACUUCAUGAUGCAGUUUAAUAUUUCUGAUAACUCUGCUCUGUAAAUGUUUGUGUACAAAUGCACACUCUUAUUUGUCUUUUAAGAGAUUGAAAUAUUAAAGUUUAUUGUGAUACUAAAUUUUGUCUAUAUUGUUUUCCAGCAAUAGAUUUCUAAAGCAGUUGUUUAAAUUGUAGACAGAGUAUGCUUUAGUUUUUUUUAAGUUCAGUGGUAUUGUAUUCUUUUUGAGUUACCCUUGUUUUCAUUACUCUCGUCUAAAUUUUAUUUGCAUUUUAACCUCGUUACAUAUUCUUUGAACUCCUAUGAACUGCAUAAAACAACCGUGUUUUGAGUAAAUUCCACUGAAAAUAAAUCAAAGGCUACACAAGGCUAGGUCUGAAACACAGGUCUGGAUUUCAAAAGAGCACAUCUCAGAGGACUUGAGAACACCCAAUUCAGGCACCCAGUUGUGGAUGAAGUGUCAGGAAAAAUAAUCUCUCAUAAGAGGGGAGGGAGGCGAGGUAAGCAUUAAGAGACAAUGUGUAAACCAGAAGUUCCCAAAGUGCUUCUUGACUUGGUUGUACUCAACGAAAGAUUUAGAUCUGUGCUAUAAUUUGGGUAGCAUCCCAAAACUAAAAUAGCAUCUUGUUUUGCUUUUCAGGUGACUUCUCAGGGGUCUGUGAUAUUAAAGAUCAAAGUUGUUUUGUAUUGAUGAGCCAAAACUUUUUGCAUCUGUCUUUUUGGAAUAUCUGUUAAUAUUAAAAUAUCCUUACCAUUAAAAUGUACUACAGAAUACUGCUGGAUUGUGCCUGAUGCUAUUUUAGCCUCUGUAAGUGCUUCCAAAUCUCAGUUUUGAUGGUGCUAAUGAUGCUGUUAAUGUUGAGAUAAUGUGUUUAACUCUGAUGAAUAUAGUUUCUUUGUUACAGACUGCAUGACCAUAUACUGGCUUAUAAAUGAACAGAAGCCUUCUUGAUGUUUUGGAGCUGUUUGGUUAAGAUUUUGUUAGGUAUCUUACCCGAUCUUAGCUAUUAAGACAUUUCUUAUCCAGAUUUUUCCUCGCAAGCCAGAUACACUCGAGUAUAAACGAUAACAUUUUUACUACACAGUUGCUAUCAAUUUGUACACCAGGCUGUCCUGUGCCUUACACCCGCACGACAGAAACAAGGGAGCAGCUACUGAUGUGACUGCUCAGGAGUUGCCCACGGAGGGCAGUACCAGCGCUACAGAAGGUCUGGUGGAAUUAAAGGACGGGUUUGUCUGGGCUGCGGACAGCCUGGGCGCCUAUUUCUGUCAGACAAAUGCAGAGAAGAGCAUCUGCUGCCCUUGGGCAGGGGUGCAGACGCGCUGUAGGGAGCUGCCGCCGGGCGUGUAGGGCUAGCGGGCACCUGUUGUAGGCACGGGGGGAG